GUUAUAAACAUUUGAUUGAUUUUCAUUUGAUUUGUCAUCGUGCUGUGCCUUUGUAUUUUUUAAAUACAUUUUUAUAACUUAAAAGUAACUUUUGAAGUAUCUGCAUAUACUUGAAGCAAUGCGUCUUGAAAAAGAAACCAAAAAGUCCGUGGCCAUUAUUGGUUGUGGAGCAGCUGGGCUAGCUGCUCUUAGACAUUUUUCGGUCGAGGGGUCUCAAUUUACAUGCGUGUGCUACGAGCAGACCGACAACGUCGGCGGCACUUGGGUGUACACCGACAACGUAGGCAAAGACAAAUAUGGCUUACCGGUUCAUUCCAGCAUGUACAAAAGUUUAAGAACUAAUUUGCCUAAAGAAAUCAUGGAGCUUCCAGGAUUUCCACACAAGGGCCCUGAAGACAAGUCGUACGUGGCGGCCAAUGAAAUGCUUAAAUACCUGGAAGACUAUGCAGACCAUUUUGACUUAAAGAAACACAUCAAAUUCCACCAUCAUGUAAAGAACAUCAGUCCUUUGGAGGGAGAUCGUUGGUUAGUGACCGCGAUCAACCUACAAGACAACAUCACGGAAACGUCUGAAUUCGAUGGAGUUAUUGUUUGCAUUGGAAACUAUAGCAAUCCAGUUAUUCCUGAAGUUCCUGGAAUCGAAAAAUUCCGUGGAAUGAAAAUUCACAGUCAUGAUUACAGAGAUUCUUCAGUAUUUAAGGACAUGAGUACUGUGGUCAUUGGUUGCGGACCCUCAGGGCUGGACAUAUCUUUUGAUAUCGCAAAAGUCGCCGGAAAAGUAUACCUAAGUCAUCAUAACCAACGCGUUAAAAACAUGAAAUGUCCACCAAAUAUGGUACAAAAAGUAGAUAUUCAAGAAGUGGUUGAAAACGGUGUACUUUUUAAAGAUGGUUCUUAUGAGCAAGUUGAUUCGAUUUUAUACUGCACAGGUUAUACGUAUAAAUACCCAUUCUUGAGCUCCGAGUGUGGUAUUCGUGUUGAGAACAACAAUGUAAAAUGGCUUUUUAAGCACUUUGUUAACAUCGAACACCCAACAAUGUACUUCAUUGGAAUUCCUACCAACACCACUGGUUUUUGGAUGUUUGAUUUACAGGUGCGGUGUGCCAAAACGUUUUUGGAAGGAAAAGCGAAAUUACCCAGCAAAGAAGAAAUGUUAGAGGACACCCGCAGGGACGUGGAGUCAAGGUUAGCUAGUGGGUUACGACCCAAAGAAUUGCACAUGAUGGGACGUAGAUCGAUGGAAUAUUACGACUCAUUGUCGUCUCUAUCGGGACUGGAUUCAGUACCACCAGUUGUUCUGCAAAUCUACUUUGACGGGUUCGACAGGUUCAUGUGCGACUUCUCUCACUUCAGGGAAGAUAAAUACAAGCUAUUGGAUAAAGAUCAUUACAUGGUUCAGUUUCCAAAUGAAGUCGAACCUAUAAUGAAAAAACAAGAAAUCGCUUCACAUUAACAGUUUUCGAUUUUGUACAAGUACCUAUAUAUACACAUACAUACAUACAUAUAUAUGUAUGUAUGUAUUUGUGAUGCAAAUCAUGUGAAUUUUAAC